CCGAGAACUACUUCCGGGGGUCAUUGCCGUGCAUCGUUUUUUCCCUGAGCUGUUCUAUUUUCAGUUUCAACUUUUAUACAUAUUUACCAACACAAUGUCCCGAGGGUCGAGUGCAGGAUUUGACCGACAUAUUACCAUCUUCUCUCCAGAGGGCAGACUCUACCAAGUCGAAUAUGCAUUCAAGGCUAUCAAUCAAGGUGGCCUUACCUCAUUAGCUAUCCGAGGACAAGACUGUGCAGUUGUCGUCACACAGAAGAAAGUUCCAGACAAGCUUCUUGAUGCCUCCACAGUCACACACCUAUUCAAAAUCACAGAAAACAUUGGCUGUGUCAUGUCCGGAAUGACAGCUGACAGCAAGUCUCAAGUCCAGAGAGCUCGCUACGAAGCAGCCAACUGGAAGUACAAGUACGGCUAUGAGAUCCCAGUGGACAUGCUGUGUAAGAGGAUGGCUGACAUCUCUCAGGUGUACACACAGAACGCUGAGAUGAGACCUCUGGGUUGCUGCAUGAUAGUGAUUGGUGUGGACGAGGAGUGUGGUCCCCAAGUGUAUAAGUGUGACCCUGCAGGAUACUACUGUGGCUUCAAGGCCACCGCUGCUGGGGUCAAACAGACAGAGGCCACCACCUUCCUGGAGAAAAAGGUCAAGAAGAAACUGGACUGGACCUUUGCGCAAACAAUCGAGACUGCGAUAACUUGUUUGUCUACGGUACUGUCCAUUGACUUCAAGCCCUCCGAGCUAGAGAUCGGUGUCAUUACAACGGAAGACCCUAAAUUCAGGAUCCUGACAGAGACCGAGAUCGAUGUCCACCUUGUGUCCCUGUCAGAGCGAGAUUGAGUGUUUCCAUCUGUUCCAGUCUAGAGGGGAGACUACCCUAGAAAUAUGGCAGAGAACACUACCGCUGAUCUUCAGAACAAAAGCGCUGACUUCUUUUUUGCUGUACAUUUACGCUGUUCAAUUAAAGAGAAUGUUUUCGAGAAACUCA